GCAUCCGGCGUCGGGAAAAGUGAGAGUCGGAUUUUCUCAGUCCUUCGAUUGCAUCUUGGUGGCCUCUACACUGACCACAUUUGGGAAGAAAUGUCUUCUGUAAAAAGAAGUCCAAAGCAAGACAUAAUUUCUGAAUUUCACAGCUCAGCUGCAGAAGGAGACACUGCCAAGUUAACAAGAAUACUCAGUCAUUCUCCAGCUCUUCUCAACGAAACUUCUGAAAAUGGCUGGACUGCUUUAAUGUAUGCUGCAAGGAAUGGGCACCAAAAUGUUGUCCAAAUUCUGCUUGAGAAAGGGUGUGACAGGUCAGUUGUCAAUAAAUCAAGUCAGACUGCACUGGAUAUUGCUGUAUUUUGGGGUUAUAAGCAUAUAGCUAACUUACUAGCUAAUGCUAAAGGUGGAAAGAUGCCUUGGUUCCUAACCAAUGAAGUGGAAGAAUGUGAAAAUUAUUUUGGCAGGACACUACUGGACCGGAAAAGUGAAAAAAGAAAUAAUUCUGAUUGGCUAUUAGCUAAAGAAAACCAUCCAGCCACAGUUUAUAUCCUUUUCUCAGAUUUAAAUCCCUUGGUUACUCUAGGUGGCAAUAAAGAAAGUUUCCAACAGCCGGAAGUAAGGCUUUGUCAGCUGAACUACACAGAUAUAAAGGAUUAUUUGGCUCAGCCUGAGAAGAUCACCUUGAUUUUCCUUGGAGUAGAACUUGAAAUGAAAAAAAAGUUACUUAAUAAUGCUGGUGAUGUCCCAAGAGAAGAAGAUGAUGGAUUGGUUGCCUGGUAUGCUUUAGGUAUAGAUCCUAUUGCUGCCGAAGAAUUUAAGCAAAGACAUGAAAAUUGUUAUUUUCUUCAUCCUCCAAUGCCAGCUCUUCUGCAAUUGAAAGAAAAAGAAGCAGGGGUUGUAGCUCAAGCAAGAUCUGUUCUUGCCUGGCACAGUAGAUAUAAGUUCUGCCCAACAUGUGGAAGCUCAACUAAAAUCGAAGAAGGUGGCUAUAAAAGAGUAUGUUUAAGCGAAGACUGUCCUAGUCUCCAUGGUGUUCAUAAUACAUCAUAUCCAAGAGUUGAUCCAGUGGUAAUCAUGCAAGUUAUUCAUCCAGAUGGGACCAAAUGUCUUUUAGGCAGGCAGAAAAGAUUUCCCCCAGGCAUGUUUACUUGCCUUGCUGGAUUUAUUGAACCUGGGGAGACAAUAGAAGAUGCUGUUCGAAGAGAAGUAGAAGAAGAAAGUGGAGUCAAAGUUGGCCAUGUUCAGUAUGUCUCUUGUCAGCCAUGGCCAAUGCCCUCCUCCUUAAUGAUUGGUUGCUUAGCUGUGGCAGUGUCUACAGAAAUUAAAGUUGACAAGAAUGAAAUAGAGGAUGCCCGCUGGUUCACUAGAGAACAGGUCGUGGAUGUUCUGACCAAAGGGAAACAGCAGGCUUUCUUCGUGCCACCAAGCCGAGCUAUUGCACAUCAGUUAAUCAAACACUGGAUUAGAAUAAACCCCAAUCUCUAAAUCAGAGAACUAGGUUUUAUAUUAUUUGAUUUCUAAUGCCACUUAUUCCUCAAAUGAGAUUAGAAAUAUUCAGUGCACGUUAGAGUAUCACAACACAAAGUAUCAUGUAGGGUUUUCAGAAUAGUUUAAUCUUAACACAGAAUGCUUACUUUAUAAAUUACAGCAUAACUCAGAUUUUGUUAAAUUUGGGUCAGCCAGUCACCUUUGAACUUUUUUUUGGUUGCGCUUCAAAAUUUUAUCUUACAAAACCAUAUUUCUAAUAAGAGACAUCAUGUUGUAUAGAAGUGUGUUCUAGAAAUGUGAAUAAACCUGAAUUCCAGUGCCUCUUGUAAGCAUUAGACGGAUCACUAAAAUUUCUUAUUUGAAAAAUGAAACAAUAAUUUUAAUGAAUUUUGAGCUUGUAUUGAUUUUUAGACUUUUUGCUACCUUUAAGUUGUCAAUAUCUGAUUUUUGCUCAUCUUACCAUUGCAGUCCCACUUACUCUUUUCUCCUGGUUCCUUUGUUCUAGCUGUGUUGCUGUUAUAGUGUUGCUUUUAGUCUCAGUUUGAACAAUGUUAAGAAUUAUUUGUUUUAUCAAUUAACUCUAUUAGUGAAAUGAAAGCAUAUCAUUGUGUCUGCGAUAUACCCAAAGUUUUUCUUAACACAAAUUGAAAUUCUUUCCUUUUUCACUGAAAUUAAAUGUAUUUGAAAGGAAUUGUCCUCAAAGGUCAGAUAUUAAAUAAUUCCCAGGUAGGUUUACAUAUUUAAUUUAAAACACUGGCAUUAUUUCAUUUUGUGAUGAGAGAUGUAUCAGGGUUAGCAAAAAAUUAUAUAAUCAUUACCAACAAUAUUUAUUAUACACUUGAUUUGGGCAUUAUUUCAACACAUUCUAAGAAGCCUUGAUAGAAUAAGUGUAUUUUAGUACUGAAUCGGUGAGGUUCUAGAGAAAAUAAAUUGUAAUAAUUAACAAUUUUGCAACAUAGAAACUCAUUUUAUAAGGUUGUUUUGAAAUUGUUUUAAAACAUAGUUUAUAAAUGUACAAAUUUGUAUAAUUUGUCUCUUUACUAUAGUAUGUUAGACUGGAAAAGACCUUAGGGAUAAAAUAUGUAAUUUACUGUCCUUAUUUUAUAGAUAAGGAAAUGAAAUCCUAAAAGGUGAAUUUAAUUAAUUGGUGAAAAUUAUACAGCAAAUUAAUUACAGCAGUCUAUACUGUAUAACCCAGGGCAGGAUUAUCCCUGUAAUAGGAAGUAGAAGCUAUUACUAAAAAUCUGUGUAGAAUAAAUUAAAAGAAGGGAUGAUAAGAAGAAUAAAUUUAGCUUACCAAAUAUUAUUAAUUAAAGUUUUAAAUACUUAAAAUUUAUUUAACUUAAAUAAGAUGAAUUUCUCAGAUAAAACUUUAUUUUACUAAUGAACAGUGAUUUUCUUAGUAAUUGAUGAAGGCUUAUUGAUAUCAGGACUUUAAACCAAAUUAAGACUUACACAAGACAUUUAGAUGCAUGUUUGAACUACGUAAGUGUAUGGAAUACGAUUUGCCUUGAUUAUGAAGUAUAAUGAUUUGAGGGUCAGUUUUACUCCAGAUGUAUUUUUAAUUGCAGAUUCUAUGAUAACAUUGUAAAAUUCCAAGUUUCCAUAAUGUUAGGAUAGGAAAGUAAAAUAUAAAGUGUCAACAAAUAUAGUUAUAAAUUUGGUUUAUAUUUAAUCCCAAACUCAGGGAAAAUCGGUGUCUAAAUAAAUUAUUAUUUUAAUAAUUUUUCUUAAAUUGCUAACCUCUGAGAGGUGAAUAGCUACAUAUAAGUAGAAGAAAUGGCCGAAUCAAAAAAUGAUAGAGGUGAAAGUACCAUGAAUGUAUUCUA